AGAAGAAGGGACAGGAUGGAACGCGGUGUCGCCGGGCCUUGCCCUUGCUCGCCAGCGCCGCCGGGCUUGAACGCGAUUGGCCGAAGGGACCCUCCAGGCCUCGAGGGCGUUGCUUGCAGUAGCAGUUAAUAAGGGAGGUGGCAAACUAAUUUCUCGGGUUGCAAGUGGGAGAGAAGCCACGAUCCUCUGCACUUUUACUUAGAAGAAGUGAACGGAACAGACAUUACUUGGGAAGCAAGCUUUCAGUGCAAACUGUAUCCACUAUUUUGUUAAGGCAGAGCAUCUCCAACAUGUCUGGAAUCUCUUUUCAUGAUUCAAGUGUAGACCCAGAGAGCUCGGAAACCACUUUCAGAGCAAGGCUGGCUUCUCGGCAAACAGGGGAUGUGUUUACAGUUCCCUCGGCUCACUCUGGCUCUGGACUAGGUACAUCAAAGUCAGGUUCUGCUCAAGAAACCGAUGUCCUCUUGGAGAAAAACCCAUUCAAAAUCCCAUCCGAUAUUGACAUCUUCUUGUUGCGAGACAAGCAGCGGGAAAAGGCCAAAGCGGAACGAGAACGAAGGAAAACACUAAAGGUACACGAGAAGAUGACCUGCUCCACCCUACAGAGUGCUAAGCAAUCCGGGUUCAAGAGGGAGAUUCAGAUGGAAGAAGAAGCAGAGGACAAAGAGUUGGCAGCAGAAGCGGAACGACUCAAAGCUCUUCGGGAAAGCACCUCAUGGAAGAUUGCGAUCACUAAAGACCAGGUUGUAGAAAGAGAGACCAUGCAUGACUACAUCAAUCAGAAACGGCAAAUGUUCUUGCUGCAGUAUGCUGUGACCGUAAAGAAAGAUGAAAUUCAGAAACUGGAAAACUUAGCUAUUGAAGAAGAAGCAAAACUGGAAAAAGCUGAGGAAGACCUUGAGAAGGAUGCUGCCAUGUUUGAUGAGUUCCUGAAGGAGAAUGACAGAAACUCAGCACAAGCCCUGAAAAUAGCUGAAAAAGAAACCAAAGCCAAACUGGAGAAGAUAAUCGAGAUCCGAGAGCUGACAGCACAAAUGAUGAACAUCCAAAGCGAGAUAGCCAGGUUUGAGGACACUCUGCGGGAGUAUGUGGUAUUCAAGGACUUCCUCUACCAGCUGUCCCCCAAAGAAUGGCGGGAUGAUUACGAAAGGAGGAAGAUAAAGGAAAGACUGGUGAAAAUCAUUCCAGGUGUUAAAGACAGCAAGUUACUGAAAAGUCGGGAGUUCCGAGAAAAGAGUAAACGCCGAACCAUGAGUCUAUCGAAGCCUUCCAGUUUUGACCUGUCUGCAGUAGACCUGAGCUCCUCUAGGACUGCAAGCCAAAUUUUGCUCAAAAGGGACUCUUUCAAACUGAACCGACUGUCUUCUAGGCAGACCAUCAAACCCCAGCCAAGCAGAAGACAGAGCACACAGAUCUCCCCGACCGAGGACAUGCCAGAAUUAUCUGAUGAGGAAGAUGAUGAGGAACCAGAGUUAUACUUUACAGAUCCACACCAAUUGCUGAAUCUUUUCACUGAGCUGGAGGAACAAAAUUUGUCCUUAAUUCAGAAUUCUCAGGAGACAGAGGAAACUCUAGAUGAGCUUCGACAUACACUGAGUAAUACGCGAAAUAAAAUGGACCGUGAAAUAGAGCAAUUGAAGCUUCUUGCUGAAACGCUCCAAGCCAACAUCGUUAAAGAGGAGGAGACAGCUGCAGACCUUGAACUCAAAGCACGAGUCUUUUCCUUUGGAGAAUACAAAGCAGAUGUUCAAGACAAAAUGUUGGUGAGCUUGCAUCGAAAGGUCCUGGAAGUGUAUCGACGGUGCAUUGGGGAAAACGAGGCGAACCUUGGAACUCUGCAGAUGCUCACUGUUAUAGAACACCAGUUGGAUGACUUGCUAGAGUGUCUUGAAAGGGUCCCUCCAGCAAAGAUAGAACAAGCUGAAAAGGCCAAAGAGAAAGAACGCAGGAUGAGAAUGAGAGAAGAAAAAAUAAGACAGCAGAGACAACUGCAGGAAGAAAGGUUGCAACGGGCACUGGCAAGAGCACAAGCUGAUGUUAAGAAAAAGACUGGCAGAAGACUGAUUUUCCGUUCUGAGCCCCCUACCUUCAAAGAGAAGGAAGACAAGGAUCAAGGGAUAAUAGACAAGGAAAAGGAAGAGCUGCUGUACUAUUUUACUUAGCAGCCAAAAGGAAGAAAUGUA